GCAACCUUGAUAAAUCCCAGCUCCGGGUUGUUCAAUAUCCAUGCACCUAUGCAACACCCCUGGCUUUUGUGCGCUUCGUCAGCAUCGGUCAUUUCUGACCAAGGGCAAGGAUGUACGUAUCCGCGCGAGCGCUGAGUCAAGAACGUCGUCUUGGCAUUGCUUUAUUGACAAAGCUCAUGCUAAAAAAGAAACAUGUCACAUUUUAACAUAUCGCACGUAUCCACCCUCUGACCAUGGACCCCCAGGCUUUGCGAGACGCCACCGCGGUGUACAAUUACCAUCGCAUGUCCACCACCCCACCGCGCCCUGCCGACGCCAUCUUCUGUCUCUGCAGCCUCGAUACGCGCGUCGCCAUCCGGGCCAGUGAGCUCUACCUGGCCGGCCUGGCGCCCCUCGUGAUCUUCUCAGGAGGCAGUGGGAAACUCACGGUGGACCGGUUCGAUGGGCCUGAAGCAGAGGUGUUUGCGGCGAUUGCGCGGGACAUGGGCGUCCCCAGCGGGGCCAUACUCGUGGAGCCUGCGUCGACAAAUACAGGCGAAAAUGUGCGUUUCACAUUCGAUUUGUUAUCGAGGAGGCAGAUCAACGUCAAGAGCUUCAUUCUGGUGCAGAAGCCGUACAUGGAGAGGAGGACAUAUGCCACCUUCAAGAAGCAGUGGCCUGGCUCAGACGUCGAGUUCAGCGUGACCUCGCCGCAGUACGACUUUCCCGAGUACUGCGAUGACCAGAACCCGCAAGACCUGAUUAUCAACAUCAUGGUAGGCGACUUGAUCCGAAUUCGCGAGUAUCCGAAAAAGGGGUUUCAGAUUGAGCAGGGGAUUCCAAGCGAGGUGUGGGACGCCGGACAACGGUUGAUAGCAGCCGGGUUCAAUGGACAUUUGCCGUAGCGUCUGCCGGAUAAAUUGAUACCCCGGAACUCCAGUCAACACUUCGGCUUAUUAUUAUGAACCUUCAACAGACUUCCCUGUGCCUUGGCAGCGGACGUCAGAAACCCUUGAAAGCUCUCA